AAAAUGUGCAAUGAUAUUUUGUUAUACAUAAUACCGUUCAUUAUCGAUAAAUUAAUACGAUAAGUUUUUACAAAAUUGUUGACGUUUUCAUUGAUCAAACGAAUAGUAAUUGAGAAUACAACAAAAAUGGAUUGUCAAAAAUCAGAGAAAAACAUAGAAGCACCACCGGAAAAGGUGGAAAACAUUUUUCUUCAUCAUCCAAAACCAUUGAAUCUCGAAGAGAAGAAAUAUCUUUUGACCGUUGAAAGAGGUGAUUUGUCAAACGUGAAAAGAAUCCUUCAGGUAGCUAGCAAAGGUGAAAUCAAUGGUAUGAUUCUCGACGUUAAUUGCAUGGAUAGUCUCGGUCGAGGCGCAUUAACGUUGGCGAUAGAAGCGGAGAAUCUUGAGAUGAUCGAACUUCUUAUUGUAAUGGGAGUGGAAACAAAGGAUGCUCUUUUAUACGCCAUCGAUCAUGAGUUCGUCGAAGCCACUGAAUUGUUACUAGAGUACGAGGAACUUUUGACAGCGAACGAAAUGAAUGAACAGAAAGACGACAAAGAAGUUGUUCAUAGUUGGCAAAAGAUCAAUCCAGAGUCUGCUCGGUAUCCAGCCGACAUGACGCCAUUGAUACUAGCGGCACAACGGAAUAACUAUGAAAUUUUGAAGCUGCUGUUGGAUAGAGGAACUACUUUACCGAUGCCACACGACGUUAAAUGUGGUUGCGAAGAUUGCCUUCGAUCGGCUGCAGGUGACCCAUUAAGACUCUCUUCUACCAGGAUAAACGAGUAUAAGGCAUUGGCUAGUCCAAGUUUAAUAUCUCUUAGUUCUCCGGAUCCUCUGAUGACAGCAUUCCAAUUGAGUUGGGAACUUAAAGAGUUAGCUUUAGCUGAACCAGAAAGUAGAAAAGAAUAUUUAGAACUAAGACGUCAGGUUGAGAAAUUUGCCGUCGAUUUGUUGCAACAAGUACGAACUACGACAGAGCUAAAUGUUAUUUUGAAUUAUGAUCCUGAGGAAGAUAGUCUAUCAACUAAACGAUUGGCAAAACUCGAACAAGCAAUACAAUUUAAACAGAAGAGAUUCGUCGCUCAUUCCCAUGUUCAGCAAUUUCUUGCAGCUAUUUGGUACGAAGGUGUUCCUGGAUUUCGAAGAAUGACCAACGUUCAGAGAUGUUGGAUAUUAUUGAAAACAGCCUUCAUGUUUCCCUUUUAUUGUAUAAUGUAUUUUUUCGCUCCGGAAUCAAAAAUAGGACAACUCUUGCGAAGGCCAUUCGUUAAAUUUUUAGUACACGCAUCAUCCUAUUCAUUCUUCUUAUUUAUACUGAUCUUAGUGUCGCAACGCGUAGAAGUAGAAGUCGUGAAGAUUUUUGGGAAUGAAGAAAUUAAAAAGAAUCUUGAGAUUCAAAUUGCUCGACAAAGAGGUGCAGCACCAUCACCAUUAGAGUUCGUGAUAGUCUUGUACGUUUUAGGAUUUAUAUGGCAAGAGACAAGAGAGGUUUAUGUUGAUGGCUUAAAAGCAUAUCUUCGAGAUAUGUGGAACUUCAUCGACUUUACUAGAAAUUCGCUCUACAUUCUGACAGGACUUUUACGAGGUGUCGCUUAUUUCCGACAAACAUCAGAAAUCGAGAUGGAUCCAUCAGCUGCAUUAAUACCAAGAGAGAGCUGGAGUGACUUCGAUCCACAGUUGAUCGCUGAAGGUCUUUUUGCGGCAGCAAAUGUAUUUAGUGCUCUCAAAUUGGUACACCUGUUCAGCGUAAAUCCACAUCUUGGACCACUUCAAAUAUCCUUGGGCAGAAUGGUGAUCGAUAUAAUCAAGUUCUUUUUUAUUUAUACACUGGUCCUGUUCUCCUUUGCCUGUGGUUUAAAUCAAUUAUUAUGGUAUUUUGCUGAGUUGGAAAGAAAAAAAUGUUACAACGGCAUUGCUGAUCCAACUUGGGAUUCAACCAGUGACUCUUGUAUGAGAUGGAGAAGAUUUAGCAAUCUGUUUGAAACCUGUCAGAGUUUGUUUUGGGCUAGUUUCGGAGGAGUUGGUAUAGAUAGUUUCGAACUAACAGGAAUUAAAUCGUAUACAAGAUUCUGGGGCCUCUUAAUGUUCGGUUUCUACUCGGUUAUUAACGUAAUCGUUCUUUUGAAUCUUCUGAUCGCCAUGAUGAGUAACAGUUACGCUGUCAUCGAAGAACACGCAGACACGGAAUGGAAAUUUGCAAGAACGAAGUUAUGGAUGAGUUAUUUCGAGGAAGGCGGUACUCUUCCUCCACCAUUCAACAUUUUUCCACCUCCAAAAUUGUUUCUCAAAUUCUGCGGCUUAUCAAAGAAAAAAAAUAACGAGGACGACGAUAUUAUUCAUCGUCGUUCACAAAAUCAAAAAUAUAGUAUUGUAAUGAGAGCUUUGGUAUGGAGAUACGUGGUCAGUUCACAUUCCGUACAUGAAAUGGAACCCGUUACAGAAGACGACGUACACGAAUUGAAAUCCGACAUUUCAUCGUGGCGUUGCGAACUUCUCGAUAUUUUACGUAGAAACGGCAUGGACAUCGCUGGAAUCGAUACCAAAGAAAAAACUGUGCUGGGUAGAAAGAUGAGAAUAUGGGAGAGAAGAUUGAUGAAGGACUUCCAAGUGGCAGGACCUUUUACAAGGUCAAUAGAGGAUGCUGCACAAGAAGAGUUGACUCUUCUUCAACCUAUAGAAGGCGAGGAUAAUAUUGCGAGGUGGAAGAGAGUUGCUAAAUUGGCAUUAUUGAAAUCAACUCAACAUCGUUGGGGCCAAGUCGUGAAUAGCGCGAUUCGAAGCUCUCAAAUCGGUAAAAGCAAUAGCAGAGCAUCUUUACAAAGUCAACAGAAUUUAAUGAAAGCCAUAGAAGAAGCACGAAAGUUAACAGCUAAAGCUCCACUAUCUCCGAUUGGACCAAUACAAUUACCACAAAGUACGGAAACUACGAUACUUCAUGUACUUCAUGACAUUGUCGAGACUGAUAAUUAUGUUAAAAAUGAUGUGCCGAUACUGACGAUAACAAGUGAACCUCCUAAUCAGCAACGCAGAUUAUGUCGACUGUCGGUUAUAUCGACGAAAAACCCAAACGAAAUUAUCAAUCCAUUGUAUCGACACGAGCAUCGUUAUCGCAAGCAACUAACAAAAAAGAUGAAAAUAUCUAUGUGGCAAGUACUCAAGGUCAAGGUUCCUCGAAUGUAAUACAAACGAAAAUACCAAUGAAAAAGGAGUCUAGCAAGGUUACGUCCAGUUCACCGAAGUGCAAUCAAAUUAAAACAAAUAAUACGCUUGUUCCUACCAAUAUUAAUAAUACAGGAGAUUCUGGAAUAAUAAUAUCACGAUCGAGAGCUUCUCUCAGUCCAAGAAAAAUCAUGGAUGGUCCCAAGAUCAAUAAAUCGGACAGUAAGAGUCAUAAAGAAGAAGAUAAACAGAGAUUGGUGAAUAUAAUGCCAAAGUCACCGCGUUUUUCUACAAGUAGAUCACCUAGAAAAGGGGGAUGGCUUUAGAUAAUAUUACAAAGAUUCCUUUUUUUAUCGUCGCUUACAAUUAAAUCUUCAUCAUACGCAAAAUUGUAUAAUGAAGAUAUACAUACGUAUAUGUAUGUGUGUGUGUAUAAAAAAAAAUACAAGA